AUGGAUGAAAUGUGUAUCAUAGCCUUAAUUGGUUUACCAGGAGUGGGUAAAACAACAUUCUGUAAAUUACUUCUACAAAGCGAGUCACUGUCCUUUAAUAUAUUCUACAUUUGUUAUGAUGAUUUCAUAAAAAUUACACAAGAAAAUUUAGUUCAAUAUAAAGAACAACGUGAACAAUUAUUAAAUUCUUUAGAGACCCUUGUUGCAACAUUCAAAACUACCAAAACCCUCGAUAAGACCUUAAUGCCACAUUGUUCAACUUACAAGGACAAUGGGAAUGACCGCUUAUUGAUUUUGUGUGAUGAUAAUCAUUAUUAUGGUAGUAUGCGUUAUCGCCUAUAUCAAAUUGCCCGUAACUAUAGCCUGUCAUAUGGCCAGUUAUAUUUUAAUUGUAGUCUAGAAUUGGCUCUGCAGCAAAAUGCAUUACGAAAUGAAUUCCAAAGAGUUCCCAAUGAGAUUAUUAAAAAAAUGCAUAGUAAAUUGGAAAUACCGGAUUCCAAAACGAACUACUGGGAAGAAAAUACUUUAUCCCUGAUUCCACAAAAUAUUACUAAGGAAUAUAUUUCAUUGCAUAUAUUACCAUAUAUUGUUAAACUCUUUGCAGAGCCUUUAAAGCCACUACAAAUUCCUGACAAAUGUCCCACAAAACAAUCUCAGGUCCAUGAAUUAGAUUUACAAAUGCGGAAACAUAUAGGUGUCGUUAUUACGAAAAUCGAUGGGGGAAAUGUAAAUAAAAAACAAGUUGCUUUACCUAUAAAUGAUCUACGUAAAAAUAUUCUUAGUGAAUGUAAAGGUUUGGAGCAGGUGGAAGAUGUCGAUAUUAAUAGAUUUUUACAAUUAUUUCAAGGCCAAGUAGAAUCAUUUUUGCAAGAUCAAUCUCUAAUGGUACAAAAAUGA